AUGCUUCCACAAUCGGUACUUUCAUUUUGGGAAACGAUACGAACAGGAAAUGAGGGGCCGGAACUUUUGCUAGACCCGAAUCUGAAGUUAUGGGCACUAAUACCCAUCUCCAUCGUCAUGAUCCUCGUAGGGGUAGCGAAACAAUGUAUCAUGGUUCUUGUGAGCCCUAAGUCUAAGACAGUACCUCGCGUAAAACUCACUGAGAUCCUAUACAUAGCUAAGGCUAGAGCAUUAAUGGGGAAUAGUUCGAAUUUGAGUACAGAAUCAUUUAAGAUGAGGCAGGAAUAUUUAGCGCAAGUGCUAGCUGAUGGGAAAUACCUGGCAAUCAAGCCAGCUAAAGAUGAAAAGACGGCGAUGGAAAACCCUUUCACAAGUCCCGGUAUGACCGACGCAAUGACUUCCAUGGCUUUGGGGAAUUUGGUUAACUAUAUUCCUCAAACAGUUAUAAUGUGGUGGGUCAAUUACUUCUUUGCAGGAUUCGUAUUAAUGAAGCUUCCAUUCCCACUUACCAUUAGAUUCAAGCAAAUGCUACAAAGUUCAGUCAGAACUGAUGAUUUAGACGUACGCUGGGUGAGUAGUAUGUCAUGGUAUAUCAUUUCAAUGGGUGGUUUGACACCAGUUUAUAACGUUCUAUUCGGUGGUAAUAGACUCAGUAAAUUAAAUGUGUCGGCUCAACAACAGCAAUUAAGUCAAAGUCCCGGUGGACCAAAUCCUAAGGACCAAAUGAAGGCAUUGGCAAACGAUAUCACGGUUUUCCAACACAUUUCUGUCCUGGACAAUAUUGAGGAUAGAGUGCUCAAAUUAUACUCGUGA